AUGGUCCAGAGAAUUUGUCUUUACCGGGUGGAUUACAAAAAAUGCUUCAAACUCAAGCCUGGAUCUAAGGUCAUUGCGGCGGAGAUUCUCAAUUCUGGGACCGUAUUCCAAAUGGUGGCCGAGUACGAACGUCAAAAGAUGGACUUGUCGAAAGAAAGCUAUUCUAUAUGGCCCAACUGCAUAAUGCGCUCAUACGCUGCCGCCAGGCAAUUUUUGGCCCAGUUUGCCCACGCUGUCAAAUCGUCUGAUGACUGCAGCACCUCUCAAAAGCAAUUGGCAGCAAAGCUUAGGAUUGUUGAUAACUUUCCAGUCCAUCAUGACUUCAUGAAUCGUGGAAGAUCUGGAGACCCUUAUGUCGAAGGGCAAGACGACGAUAUGUUACCUGCACGAGAAGACACACCUGAAUCAUACUACGUAGAUGGUCCCCACGAUCCGGAAGAAGAGCCAUCCCGCGUCUUUAUAAUGGAAGAGCAUAUUGAAGGUUAUUCAACCCUUUUGUCCGCCGCCACAAAAGACUACUAUAUCAGUAACCACUCCAAGACCAUCGACUUGUUGUUACACUCUUUUCAACACUGGGUCCAUGCGCACACCAAAGGUCAGAUGACAAUUACCAACUUCAAGGGAAAUCCUCCGCUAAUAGCUAAACCACAAAUUGUGGAUUUGAACAAUAAGUAUGGAAAUUUCUAA